CUCCGAUCUCACCAACCCAUACGACGGUAGCAUCAUCAUCUGCACCACACACUUGGCUCUUGGCUUGAGCAUUCUCCCUCACCAUGUCCCUCCGUACACCUCGUCACGACUAUGGCCCGACCGCUACGCCAGCCAGAUAUGCCACCCCUCGCGGCAAUCCCCUCCUGGCGUCCAGCAUCCACGCCCCAAACACGCCUGCCGGCCCCUCUUCCUCAGCAAUGGACAGCCACAGCUUCGACUUUCUCGCACAUCCCAUCUUCUCAGACCCGGAGACUCUUCAGAGUGGGCUCCAGUUCGAGGGACUGUACUCAAAGAUGGCCGUCUUCAAGGAGAAGAUCAAUUCAUUUGUAGAAGAGAGUUAUGUGCGACUGGAUGAGGCAAAGGAGAAUCACGAUGCAUUCAAGGAGGAGCACAAGGCCAAGAUCAAGAAGCUGGAAUCGCAGAUGGAGGCAGAGAAGAAGUCGCAGAAGGAGCUCUUCGCUACUAUCGCUGAGGAGAGGGAAGACGAUGCAGAAGCUCGCAGAGUGCAGUCAGAGAAGGAGAGAUACUCGCACAGCCUUUCUUCGCAGCUCUCAGACAUCCAGUCGGAGCUAGACGAGAUCCGCAAGCAAUUCACACAAAGGAGAAAUCACAAGAAGAGAGUGGCAGGCAGAAUGAGGGAAAUGGCUAAGCUCAAUGUGCCUGAAAGAGAGUUGUUGGAGAGCAGAACUGGUCUGCAGAUUGGCACACCUGGACCCGACCAAGUCUCGUUCACAUUCUCUCACCUGGAUCCCGACCACCCGCACGAGCGAGCAUGGUUCGUAUUUGCCCUGUCUAGACGGACCUACACUGUUCCCGUUGUCCAACCACCUAUCCCUCAAGCGACCCUCAACGGACUGCUUGCUGAGCUCAACAGCUCCAGGAAUGCAUUCCGGUUCAUUAAGCAGAUGAGGAGGGGAUUGAAGGAGCAGCGCAGUAGCUCGCAACUUCUCGUAAACGCGUUGGGUAUCUUCCCGGUCCUACACGUCACCCCUGCGCCCCCUCUACUCUCCGCCAAGCAAGACCUUCGGAUCAGCGUCCAUCCCGCGUUCUCCAGCUCUUGGAGCGGCCUUUCGCCUUUCAGACGUUGCUUCUCCACGACUCCUUCUCGCAUCUUCCACACACAGACACCUUCGCUCAAGAUGAUGACCGAAGACGAGGACAGCUUCAACCCCACGCUCGCUGAUGAUGGCAAUGACUCUGAUGGGUGGGCUCCCGCACCCACCAAGAAGGCACCCGCCGCCGCUAGCAAAGCAUCCACUGCUAAGAAACCUGCUACCACCAAAGCUAACGGCAGUAGCUCCAAGGCUUCCAAUGGCUCGAAUACUGCUGCACCAAAGAAGAAGCCCCUCGCUAAGCGCAAGAGCAACGAAGCUGAUGAGGACAACGAUGGUGACGCCGACUUCAGCGUGUCUCUCAUAGAUGCAGUGGAAGGACCGUCGGCGGUUCCCAAGCCCACGAAGUCCUCCUCAACGAACAAAAGUGCUAGUGAGACAUACCAGAAGCUGUCUCAGCUCGAACACGUCCUCAAGAGGCCGGAUACCUACAUUGGCAGUGUUGAGAAGCACACCGAAAAGCUAUGGGUCUUUGACGCGAAUGCUCAGCAGAUGGCUUACAGAGAGAUCACCUAUGUUCCCGGAUUCUACAAGAUCUUCGAUGAGAUCCUCGUCAAUGCUGCCGACAACAAAGUUCGAGACCCUACGAUGGACCAAAUCAAGGUCACUAUUGACAAGGAAGCAGGCACCAUUACAGUCUGGAACAAUGGUCGCGGUAUCCCAGUAGAGAUGCAUGAGAAGGAAGGCAUCUACAUUCCCGAGCUCAUCUUUGGCAACCUUCUGACCUCGUCCAAUUACGACGAUGACGAGGCGAAGGUCACUGGAGGUCGAAACGGUUAUGGUGCCAAGCUUGCAAACAUCUACUCUACAGCCUUCACAGUUGAGACGGCUGACAAGAAGUCGGGACACAAGUACAAGCAGACCUUCCGUGACAACAUGUCAAAGAAGGACAAGCCCAAGAUCACCGACAACAAGGAUGGAAAGGAGUUCACAAGCAUCACUUUCAAGCCUGAUCUGCCCCGGUUCAACAUGGAUGGCAUUGAUGACGAUAUCGAGGCCUUGAUGAUGAAGCGUGUAUACGAUAUGGCCGGUACUGUGAAAGACAUCAAGGUGCAGCUGAACGGCAAGGCAGUGAAGGUCAAGACGUUCAAGCAGUACGUUGAAAUGUACGUCAAGGCUAUCAACGAGCUGAGCGGUGGAGCAAAGGUAGAUGAGAACGGUGACAUUCAAGAAGUACCAAACAAGCAGACUAUCCUCUACGACUCAGUCACCGACAAGGGCAAGAAUUGGGAAGUAGCAUUCGCCGUCUCUGAUGGAGAGUUCCGUCAGGUGUCCUUUGUGAAUAAUAUUGCAACGAUCAAGGGUGGUAAACAUGUCGACUACGUGGAGAAGCAGAUCGUCGACACCAUCAUCGAGAAGGUCAAGAAUAACAAGAAGAAUGGCCCUGUGAAGCCUCAUCAGGUCCGUCAGCAGAUUUGGCUCUUCGUUAAUUGUCAGAUCGUCAACCCUACCUUUGAUGGACAGACCAAGGAGACGAUGACACUGAAGCCAAGCGCUUUCGGUAGCAAAUGGACGCUGAGCGAAGAAUUCGCCAAGAAGAUCAUGAAGACCAGCGUAGUCGAGAACGUGCUUUCCUUCGCCAAAUAUCAACAAGACAAGCAGCUCAAGCGAACCGAUGGUACAAAGAGGCAACGCAUCACUGGUAUCACCAAGCUUGAGGAUGCCAACAACGCCGGCACCCGAAAGGGCAGAGACUGUACCCUCAUAUUGACCGAAGGAGACUCGGCCAAGGCGCUCGCCGUCUCUGGCUUGACUGAAGUUGGUCGUGACAACUACGGAGUCUUCCCCUUGCGAGGUAAGCUCCUCAAUGUGCGUGAAGCUGCUCACGACUCAAUCAUGAAGAACACAGAAAUCACCAACAUCAAGACGAUCAUGGGCCUGCAGCACGGAAAGCAGUACCAGUCCGUGGACAGCUUGCGUUACGGAAGUCUGAUGAUCAUGACUGACCAGGAUCACGACGGCUCGCACAUUAAGGGUCUGAUCAUCAAUUUCCUCGACUACUUCUUCCCGACUCUCCUGAAGCUCCCCAACUUCCUUGUCGAGUUCAUCACUCCCAUCGUCAAGUGCACCAAGGGUAAGCAGGAGAUCUCAUUCUUCACCAUCCCGGAGUACGAGAGGUGGAAGGAGCUGAACAAUGAGGGACGCGGCUGGGUGAUCAAGUACUUCAAGGGUCUGGGUACCAGCACAGCACAAGAUGCAAAGAAGUACUUCAGAGCCAUGGACAAGCACAUGCUGCCAUUUGACACCACCAAGGAGGGCGAUCAGGGUCUCAUUGAUCUCGCCUUCAACAAGAAGAAGGCGGAUGACCGAAAGGAGUGGCUUCGGCAGUUCCGACCCGGAACGUACCUGGACCACAACAUCGAGAAGGUGCCCAUGGCUGACUUCAUCAACAAGGAGCUCAUCCUCUUUUCGAUGGCCGACAAUGUCCGAUCUAUCCCCUCGAUGGUAGACGGUCUGAAGCCGGGUCAGCGCAAGGUCAUGUUCGGUUGCUUCAAGCGUAAGCUGAAGGCUGAGAUCAAGGUCGCCCAAUUGGCUGGUUAUGUGUCUGAGCACUCAGCAUACCAUCACGGUGAGCAGAGUUUGACCAUGACGAUUGUCGGUCUGGCUCAAGAUUAUGUGGGCUCCAACAACAUCAACAUUCUGAUGCCCAAUGGUCAAUUCGGUACUCGUCUGAUGGGUGGUAAGGACGCUGCAUCGGCUCGUUAUAUCUUCACGAACAUUGCACCCAUCACCCGGUCUCUCUUCCACCCUUCCGAUGAUGCUCUGCUCAACUACCUGAACGAUGAUGGUCAGAGCAUUGAGCCCGAGUGGUACAUGCCUACCAUCCCACUCGUGUUGGUGAACGGUGCCGAGGGUAUCGGAACAGGUUGGAGCACCAACGUGCUGAACUACAACCCCAAGGAUAUUGUAGAGAACAUCUACCGAAGACUGCGAGGAGAAGAGAUCCAAACCAUGCAGCCCUGGUACCGCGGCUUCACCGGUCAGAUCGAAUCUGCUGGUGGAGGAAAAUUCACUGUCUCCGGUACUCUCACCCAGAUCGACGACAACACCUGGGAGGUCACUGAGCUGCCGAUCCGACUCUGGACUUCCACCUAUAAGGAGGGUCUUGAAGAGCGUCUGGUCGGCACAGACAAGGUGCCAUCGACGAUCAAGGAAUAUAAGGAGUACCACACCGACACUACUGUCCACUUUGUUGUCACGCUCAACGACAAGGGAGUCAAGGAGGUGGAGGCCAAGGGUGCUGAGACCUUCUUCAAGAUGACCGCUCAGUUCUCGACGAACAACAUGGUCCUCUUCGAUGCUCAGGGUAAGAUCAAGAAGUACUCGUCACCAGAGGAGAUCCUCGAAGACUUCUUCCUGCUGCGAUUGGGCUUCUAUCAGAAGCGCAAAGAGCAUCUAGUCGAAGAACUGAAGACCGUCUACGAGCGUUUGAGCAACCAGGCUCGCUUCGUGCAGAUGAUCGUUAGCCGACAGCUCGUCGUCAACAACCGUAAGCGAGCCGAGCUUGUUGCAGAGCUGCGCCAGAAGGACUUCCGACCCUUCCCGAGGCAGAAGAAGGCCAAGGUGGCAGGCGAAGUCAAUGAGGACGACGAAGAAGUCGCUGAUGAGGGCGAUGAGAGCACUGCUGCUGGCGAUUAUGACUACCUGCUCAGCAUGGCCAUCUACUCGCUGACCAAGGAGAAGGUUGACCGACUCCUCGCGCAGCGUGACGAGAGGGAAGAGGAGCUGAGGAUCCUCCUUGGCAAGACUCCUCAGAAGCUGUGGGAGCAAGACUUGAGCCACUUCCUUGCUGAAUGGGAGGCUCUCCUGGUCGAGGAUGAGCGAAGGCUCAAGGACGUCGGCAAGAACAAGAAGACCAAGGGCAAGGCCAUGGUCAAGAAGACGAAUGCAAAGGUCGGAGCUGCUGCCAGAAAGGUCCUCAAGGGCUCAGACGACGAGAUGGACGACUUCAUUGCUGAUGACAGUGAAGACGACUAUGUCCCCAAGGCCGCUGCCAAGAAGUCUCCUGUCAAGAAAGCCAGCACCAGCCCGGUUCAGCGCAAGGUCAGCGGUACUGCUGCGCCCAAGAAGACUGCCGCUACUGUCAAGAGCGAGAGCGCGCCGGCGGCUGCGAAGAAGAAGCCUGUCAAGGCCAUUCUGAGCGAUGAGAGCGAUGAUGAUGCCUACACUAUCAAAUCGAAGCCGGCCACCAAUGGCAAUGGCAAAGCUGCAGCCGCUGCCGCCAAGCCCAAGGCCCGUGUGCCCUCCGUUAGCAGCGCCGCUGGCGGUGCUGCCGCGAAGAAGGCGAAGACCAAGAAGGCCUUUGACAGCGACGAAGAGGAGGAAGAAGCCAUUGAGCUCAACGACGAUUCAAGCUUCGGUGGCAGUCCAGUCGUUCCUCGAGCCAAAUCUGGGCGAGCCCGAGCAGCUCCUGCAAAGUACAAGCUCGAGGAGAGCGAGGAGGAAGAGGAGGACAGCUUCUGAUUCAAUCGAGACAGACGCCACUCUCCUAGCCAUGGCCCGGCCGCGCCCUCUGUAGAAAAAACACAUCCCUUCUGCUCUGUAUACUUGGUGUUCCCUCUUUCCACGAUUCCCGUGUCACCUCAAUUGCUACAGUCUAUGAAUCAUCCUGAACCAU